ACUCUACCUACCUUUUUAAUAAUAUGUACCUUGUUUAUAUCCACUUCACUCACUAACACAUUUGCCUCAUAUGUAUUACCUCAACUCAACCUGAACUCGAUAAUAAAAUCAGUCUUUGUUUACUCGUCCAACUGACUACAAGUUAUUUGCGUAACAUGGUGUCAGAAUAAAAAUCUACUGCGCAAUUUCGAGAUUUCGGACAAACGAGAAAAGGAAACGACAAAUAUGGCCAACCCCACUGGCCAAGUUGGAAAUGGUGUGCCCCAGGCUGUAGCUCAGCCAGGAAAUUCGAUUGCGGCAGCACCCGCAAUUAACAGCAGCAUCCCGUUUCCCGAACAAUUGAAGCUGACCGGGAACAUCAAAGAAAACGUGGACAAUUUCAGGGACUCUUUCGAGAUCUACCUGAUCGCAUCGGGUCUCGAGCAUCGAGAUGAGCGUGUCAAGAUUGCUACAUUCAAGGCAGCACUCGGGUUGGAGGCACGGAAAAUUUUCAAUCUGUGGCCCCUGCAGCCUAACGAACAGGAUACGGUAGCGGCCUGUCUGGACUCUCUAUCCAGGUACAUGGUUCCGCAGAAGGAUGUGAAGCUGGCGAGAUACGAGUUUUUCCAAUGCCGGCAGCAAUGUAGCGACACCGGUGAGACAGAAACGAUGUCGCACUUCAUCAAUAGAGGUCGUGAAUUGGUGAAGGACUGCAACCUUGGCGCGCUGGAAGAUGAGAUGUUGCGCGACAAAAUAAUCACCGGUAUCCUGGACGUGAACCUACGGAAACGUUUCAUCGGAGAGCAGAACCUAACGUCAGCCGCUGUAAUUAAUCAGUGCCGCACCGAAGAAGCAACCAAAGCAGAGCUUGAACGUAACAAUUUGCUUCAACCAGGACCAUCGAUGCAAGUUGUGAACAGAAUUGGAUCCAGCAAGAAACGUGAGAAGAAAUGUGCUUUCUGUGGACGAACGUAUCACCAAAAGCUAACGGAUUGUCCGGCCCGCGGAAUGGUUUGCAAUUUUUGUAAACAAAAGAACCAUUUCGCCGCGGUGUGCCGGAAGAAGCAGGAAUCGUUAAGCCAGCACCGACCGAUCAAGAAGACUUCAAGCCACAAGGAAGGACAGGUGCACAGUGUCGAUGAGGAGCCCAGCGAUCUGGAAGAGGACUGCAAGAUUGAGGAAUCGGUCGAUUCGAUCCAGUACCUGUACAGCAUCAACCACAGCGAAUCUUCCAUGUUGAAAGGCAGCAUCGUUUUCUACGACGUGAACAAGCAUCCAGUGAACGUGACCUGUAUUUUUGACUCGGCUGCUUCGUGUAACGUCAUCGGAAAGAAAAACGCCAUGGAGAUCCUUGGAACAAACAAUCUACGACUGGACAAUCAACAAGCAAUUCUCAAGGCGUUCGGGGGAAGUUCGUUGAAGUCACUCGGUCGAACCGUAAUCGACUGCAAUCACGGCGGCGGCCAAUACAAGCUGGUGUUCCAUGUCGUCGGGUUCGAUCAACCUCCACUGCUGUCGAAAAACACCUGUCUGCAGUUGAAAUUAAUCCAAGUUUGUCACACCGUCUGUAUGAAUCAGCCACUGUCGUCGGCGAAGAAGAUUCUGGAGAAGCAUAAGGAUGUUUUUCGAGGUCUCGGAAGGCUAGAAGGAGAUGUACAUCUGGAAGUCGACGAUACAAUCAAGCCAGUUGUCCAGCAGCCAAGAAGGAUUGCUGUUACUAUGCGGGAUGAGCUUCGCCAAACGCUGGUGGAGAUGGAACAACAGGGAAUCAUCGUUCAGCAGAAGGAAUACGCAGCCUGGGCCUUGAAGCGACCUCAUUAUCAAAUGCCAACGAUCGACGAGUUGCUGCCAGAGUUGUCCAAUGCCAAGGUAUUCACAACCGUGGAUGCAAAGUGCGGGUUUUGGCAAGUGCGUCUGGACGAGGAAAGCUCCAAAUUGACAACUUUUUGGACGCCAUUUGGACGGUAUAGGUGGGUGCGUAUGCCGUUCGGGAUCUCUCCGGCACCCGAAAUUUUCCAGAAGAAGCUCCAUGAAGCAAUCAACGGUUUGCGGAACGUAAAAGCGCUUGCCGACGAUGUGCUAAUCUAUGGUUGUGGAGAGACACUAGAAGAAGCCAUACACGAUCAUGACGCAAACUUGGAUGCUUUUCUUAAGCGUAUGCAAGAGCGAGGGGUGAAAUUAAACGGCGAUAAAAUCAACUUGUGCCAGGAAAGGGUUAAGUUCUUCGGACACGUACUCACCUCAAGCGGAGUGCAGGCAGACCCGGAAAAAUUAGACAGUAUUAUGAAAAUGGACCCACCGGAGGAUGUACCGUCGCUGCUUCGGUUCUUGGGUAUGAUAACAUAUCUGACCAACUAUUUGCCCAGUCUUGCAUCAGUAGCUGAACCCCUUCGUCGGCUGACCAACAAACACGAACCAUGGAGUUGGAAUCAGGAACAGCAACAAUCGUUUGAUCAGCUGAACUGCCCAUAA